UCGCUGGGCCUAGUGGAGAGGAGCUCGGCUCCUGGGGUUGCUGAGGGACAUGGAGCAGAUGCCCAUUAUCUUGGGGGGGGUGGGGGUGGGGCCUGUGCUAUUUUUCCCAGCCGAGAGGAGAGGACAUCCUGGGAUAAAUAAGGAAAUUAUAUCUGUUGUUGCCGGCAAGCCUGCAUAUUGUCAAUGCCCCCUUUCUGAGAAUCUGAAAAUUCCUGUUUCAGUUCACUUAGGACACAUACCCUCGUCCUCAGCAACAGAGGGUUAUUCUCUACGGCCCAUUCUUUAACAGCAGGGCAGCCUGCUCCUCCAGCUGCAAUUCUUUUAUCCUUCACUUAGGCUGCCAGGAAUGGAAGGGGGAGGGGGAGAAGUGGGCGGUGGGAGGAGGCAGGGCCAGGGGGAGAGCUGGGACCCUGUGGACUUCAGCCUGAGGCUGUUUCUCUCCGUCACCAGUUGUGGGUGCUUUUGCUCAAAGCUGCCAGAAUGUGCGGCAGGUUCCUGAGGCGGCUGAUGGCUGAGGAGAGCAGGCACUCCACCCCUGUGGGGCGCCUCAUCCUUCCGGUGCUCCUGGGAUUCCGCCUCGUACUGCUGGCUACCAGUGGGAUGGGAGUCUAUGGCGACGAGCAAGAUGAAUUUGUAUGUCACAACCAGCCGCCAGGCUGCAAGGCUGCCUGUUACGAUGCCUUCCACCCCCUCUCCCCACUGCGUUUCUGGGCCUUCCAGAUCAUGCUGGUGGCUGUGCCCAGUGUCCUCUACUUGGGUUUCACCCUGUAUCAUGGCAUCUGGCAUUGGGAAGACUCAAGAAAAGCGAAGAAGGAGGAGGAGACCCCGAUCAGACAAGGACAGGGCAGCGCAGAUGUCUCCGGAGCUGCAAGCCCCAGACUGCUCUGGGCCUACGUGGUGCAGCUGGGGGUGCGACUGGCCCUUGAGGGGGCCGCCUUGGGAGGGCAGUACCAUCUGUAUGGGUUCAAGAUGCCCAGCUCCUUUUCAUGUCGUCGAGAGCCUUGCCUCGGGAGUAUCACCUGCCACGUGUCCCGCUCCUCGGAGAAGACCAUCUUCCUAAAGACCAUGUUUGGGCUCAGUGGGCUCUGUCUCUUCUUUACUCUUUUGGAGCUGGUGCUCCUGGGCCUGGGGAGAUUGUGGCGGACCUGGAAGCAAAAAUUUCCCUCUUCUAAGUACUUCACAACUUCAGAGGGCACCAGAAAACACAAGGAACCAAACGAUAACGUCCCAGUGGUGGAAUCAAAAGACCAGUUCCGAGUAGCAGAGUUAUAAAGACACCUGGCUCAACUCUGAAGGAUACUCCAUGACUGGAACUUCUCCCCAACAUCCAGUGAGUGGGGAUAUAUCUCUGUGACAAGUUAGAGGCUGUUGAAGCAUCUCUAAGGGCCAUGGUGGGCCAUGCUGCCUAAAGCGUUUCCUUUAAG